CUGGAAGGUUUUUAUGUGGCACAGGUAUAACAACGGUCCUAGCACUGUCACUUGAAGAACUCCGGAGCCAACUGGUACUUGUUGAGACUUCUCCCUAUCAACAACCACACACAUUUCUCGGCGGCAAAAAUGUCUGCCAAACAGCAGACUGCAAUAUCCAAAGUGAUGACUCUGCUACAAGAGUGGGACAAAGGCAGCAAAUCGAUGCGGAGGAAAAUAUUGGUCGAUUUCAUUGCACAAAACCAAAAUAAGACAGGUCCCGAAUUAGAGCAAGAGUUUGCUCAAGCUGCUAGUCUGUUUUUGACAAGAUUGACAGCAUGGUUGAGGCUGACAUACAUGAUUGGAACCAGCCUAACUGAGCAACUUCAAGCAAUAGCCAUAUUUUUAUCAGCCUCAAGUGGACACAAGUUCAUGGCAGAGUUUCUCGAGGUGGGCGGGGUGCUUACGAUGCUGGAGAUUAUCGGUCUCAAGCAGGCGAAAGAGGAGGACAAGAGUGAGGCGCUGAGGAAUCUGCAUUACAUUGCAAAUGCCGGGCGUAAAUACAAGGAACUUGUCUGCGAAAGUUAUGGUAUCAGAGCCAUUGCUGAGUGCCUGGCCAAGUCCAAGUCAGAGGAGACCCAGGACGCCUGCAGGAACCUGUUGUUGAUGUUGGCCCAGGGCAAUCCCAAGUUUGAGGUUCAAGUAUACAAGGGGCUUAUUGCCCUGUUGCCCUGCAGUUCUCCGAAAGCCCAGCAAAUGGCUGCCCAGUCAUUGAGAGUUGUACAGCCCAUUGUGAAGACUGCCAACACCUCUAUAUGUGAUCCACUGCUGAACCUCUUGAAAACUCUUCAUUUGGAGGUACAGUUUGAAGCCAUUGAGCUGUUGAAGGAGCUAAUGGACUACAAUGAGGUACAGGAUCAGUUGUUGACUGGUCUUGUAGGACUGCUGAGGCCGGCCAAGGAAGACAUGAUACAGAAACCAGACCUUCUUGAUGAUGCAGAUGUUCCCAAGAUGAAUGCCCCACUGCCAGUAUUUGUACAGCAAGCAGCGGCUGCCAAAACCAUAGGCAUUCUUGCAAGGGAAUCAAAUGACUUGGCAGAAAAAUUGAUACAGAAAAGAGUGGUACAUAACCUUAUGUAUGCCAUGGGAAACAUGGACUAUGCAGACAGUCAAAGACAAUCCAGCAUAUCUUUAGAGUACAUGUGUAGAACAUUCCCAAUAGUUGACGACCACGUGAGGGAUGCAAUGGGAGAAAACUUUUAUGAUCUUUUUAUGUCCAACCCAGAGACCCUGUAUUUGAACAUGAACCACAUCCAGUCUGAUGUGCUCAUCUCCAACAAACUCAAUAUUCCAAAAUUGGUGGACAGGGUUGACUAGAGACUACUUCAUCUGAAAUGAGACUGUAUUUUAUCUUUUGAUAGCCUAUCUGAUGGUUAAAGCUAAUAUUUUACUUUAGCAAUAAAUGACAGCAUGUAUU